AUGAAACAAGGCUUUUCUUCCAUUUUAAAACGAAACUGCAUCUCCUCAUCAUCGGGAUGGAUAAAAUCAUCAUUUCAUUUGAACAACCAUUAUUUGAUGGGAUGUCAUUCUUCUAUUACUACUAAAAGAAAUCACUCUCGGAAGGAAGAAGAACAAACUUCUGAAAAACCAUGGACGAACGGACCUGGUUUAGACUAUUUUAUGAACAAGAACAGAAAUAAUGAAAAUAAUCAUUUGGAUGACACCAAUCACGGAGAGGAUUUUACGUUAUCAAAAUCUUCACCCUUCUCAACAACUCCCAAACAAAGAGGUGUUUUUAUUGAAACCUAUGGAUGUCAGAUGAAUGUAUCCGAUACACAAAUAAUUUUGAGUAUAAUGAACAAAGCUGGAUAUAAACUCGUUGAAAAGGAAGAAGACGCUGACGUCAUUCUUUUAAACACUUGUGCAAUUAGAGAAAAUGCAGAAAACAAAAUUUGGAUUCGAUUGCAUAAUUUGAAGAAGAAACGAUUUAUGAACAAGCAAUUGCACAAUUUUCACCCUGAUUUGUAUCCUGUGAGUGGCGUUCAAGUAGGAGUGUUGGGAUGUAUGGCUGAGAGACUAAAAACAAAACUCAUAGAAACUAAAAUGGUAGAUGUAGUGGUUGGUCCUGACCAAUACAGAGACUUACCAGGUCUGUUACAAAAGAAUGAAGAAUCUGAAUUAGCAAAUCGUGGAAAUCCAGAAGAAGGCAAUGAAGUGGUUGAGGGACGACAAGCUCAAAUUAAUGUCAUGCUCUCAUUAGAUGAAACUUAUGCAGACAUUGAACCUAUCCGUAUUGGAGACACCGGAAAGAGUGCAUUUGUGUCUAUUAUGAGAGGUUGUGACAAUAUGUGUUCGUACUGCAUUGUUCCAUUCACAAGAGGUAGAGAACGAUCAAGAGAUGUUAAAAGUAUUUUGGAUGAAGUGAAGCAACUUUCAAAGAAUGGCGUAAAAGAAAUCACCCUGCUGGGUCAAAACGUGAAUUCAUAUCGUGAUACUUCUCCAAGCGAAUUCCAAGAAAAAUAUGCACAUUUAUCUGAAAAAAUCAUUGAGAAUACUGAUGGUUUUAAAUCAAUCUACAAACCUAAAGUUGGAGGAAUUACAUUUACAGAAUUAUUAUAUGAAGUCUCUCAAAUAGAUCCAGAAAUGAGAAUUCGAUACACAAGUCCACAUCCCAAGGACUAUCCUGAAAGUCUUAUUGAACUCAUUCGUGAAACUCCGAAUAUUUGUAAACAAAUUCACCUUCCAGCACAAAGUGGAAGUAGCAAAGUUUUGGAAUUAAUGAGAAGAGGCUAUACAAGCGAAUCCUAUAGAAAAUUGGUAGAUAGAAUUAAGGAAAGAAUUCCAAAUGUUGCUCUUUCAUCAGAUUUCAUUGCUGGUUUUUGUGGAGAAACUGAAGACGAUCAUCAACAAACUUUAGAUUUAUUGAAUUAUGUCAAAUAUGAUCAAGCAUAUCUUUUUGCAUAUUCAUUGAGAGAGAAAACACAUGCACAUCGAAAUUAUCAAGAUGAUGUUCCUCCAGAAGUCAAGAAUCGACGAUUGAACGAAUUAGUGCAAACCUACAAAAACAAUUUGUCACUGCAAUACGCAAAAGAGGUCGGAUCCAAACAAUUGGUUUUGAUUGAUUCAAGUUCGAAGAGAGAUCCUGAAAACUAUUGGGUUGGUAGAACUGAUAACAACAAAAGAGUGGUAGUUCCAAAAUGGGGAGAUUAUGGAGUUGGAGAUUACGUGAGCGUUACCAUUGGAAAUUGGGGUGGUCAGACCUUGUUUUGCGAUUUGGAAAAACCAAUUGAAAAGACAUCACUUCAAGCGUUCUACCAAUAA